AUGGAGAAAGCUUUCACUCUGGUUCAGACAGUUGCGGUGGCAACUGUCUUCUCUGCCGUCUCCGGCUGGUACGGCUUCAUGUUUGGUAGAGAAUCUGCACGCAAAGAGCUCGGAAGCUUGAUCGAAGACCUUCGCCGCAAGAAUCCCGAUUCCGAUCAUCCACCGCCACCUCAUUCCUGACAUCAAUUCGGGUUGAUGGCAUCAGGCGGCUAUGAAGACUCAGAAGACAUCUCUUCAUUUGAAGAAGCUUGGGAAAACAUUUUCUUCAGGUCUCACCGGAAAAACUCCCUGAGCCUUCUUCGGCUGUUUUCAGGUCAUCUUACCUUUCCUUGACUACGGAGUAUGCGUUUCCUGUGGAGUUUAGAUGUAAUUUUAUAACCUUUGUAUACUUACUUGAAUUUGAAGAUACGGCUUUCUGCUGUGGCAUAAUUCUUAAUUCGAGAUCAAUGAAUUAAGUAAUGUAGUUGGUGUUGAUCAUACUCUUUUUAGUCAUUCAAAUUGAUGAAGAGCAUUCUGAAAGGCUAAUGUUAUGUUACUGCUCUGGCUUCUGACCCCCUCUCUUGUACUCUCUUGUACAUAAAUAUGUAAACUUAGUGGAUAAGUGCUUUAUGUUUUGUA